ACACAGUCUUUGCUCGAAUUUAGUCUUUGAAAGGAAACUCACAGUGCACAAGAAUAAUUUUUAAAAAUAAAUUUUUGAAAUUAAAACUACCUAACAUUGUACACGAAAAUUCUAACUUCAACUACACGUCUGUCGGACUGAAAAAAAUUCAUUAGUUCCAUAAUUUAAAAUCGUCAAGUUUCACAACUUGAUCAAGAUGGCAAAACUUGUCACUUGUGUAAUUUUUCUCUCUCUCGUGAAUGUUAUUCGGGCCUGCGUAAAUGGAACUCUUUUAAGCAGUUACACAUUAACCUGCCAAGACAAGAAAGAUAUUGUAAAUUGGCACAACCAUUAUCGGCAGAGGGUCGCCACUACUAUACCAACAGAGAAUAUGCGAAAAUUGUACUGGGAUCAUGAGUUGGAAACCCAGGCCCAAAAACUUGCGAGUUCCUGUCUCUAUGAGCACGACUCGCCGACAAUUCAGGGUAAAAACGACGUAGGACAAACAAUAUGGCAGACUAUUACCACAAACAGAGAAAGUAGUUCUAAGGGUACUAUGAAGUUCAAAGAACAAAUUGACGAAUGGUACAAAGAAGGCUUAAAAUACAAGGGGGCGACGACAGAAGAUGUCAGACAUUUCACUCAACUUGUUUGGGCUGAUUCGUACAAAGUCGGCUGCGGCUUCAGCUACUUUAAGAAAAAAGACAAAAACGGCAAAGACGAACAUUACAUAAAAUAUUACGUCUGCAACUAUGCUCCAAAAGGAAAUAAACCAACCGAAUCUCCUUACAGACGUGGAAAUGGUUGUAACCAUCAUCAUCUCACACCAACCCAAGACACGCAAGGGUUGUGCAUUACAGAUUGAGCGGCAUCUAAGAUU